ACCACGUAUGAGCAUCUAAAGUCUUCCACGACUUACCUUAAUACAAAGCGCAAAUUACUAAUGAGUUGAAUUCUCACUGGGGCUCUACGACUUUAUCAAGUUCUACGAUAACAAGGGUUGAAGAUACGCAAAGAAUAUCUCUAAUUAAAGUGUGACUCCCAGCCAAGUUGAACGACUUACGGACUAUGCUGAACAAAUUUCUUUAACACCGGUCAAGAUUAAGAAGACCUCCAUCUGAGACCAGCUGCACGGGAUACAGAAAGAGGUGUGGGCUGGGAGAGAUUUGAGUUCAACAAGGAUGCCCCUCUUGAUGAUGAGGAAAUUGAAGGCCAGUAUGAAGAAAUCUGCUGUGAUAAUUGCUUUUACGAUUUUGUUCGUCUAUGGUGGUGUCUGCACGCCUUCUAAGGAAAAGGCUAACUAUAUUGUUCAUAUGGCCAAAUCGGAAAUGCCAUCCAUAUUCACCCACCAUUCACACUGGUUUCAAUCCACUCUGAGGUCGGUUUCUCCUUCCGCCCAAAUUCUCUACAGCUAUGACACAGCUGUUCAUGGAUUCUUUACCAGUUUAACUGCCAAGGAAGUGCAACUGCUGUCAAACCAAACUGGGAUUCUGAAAAUUUCGUCGGAUAAAAAGUAUCAGCUUUUUACCACUAGGAGUCCACAGUUUCUUGGAUUAGAAAGAAUUCAUGCCACGUUCCCUGCAUUGUCAAACAGAAGCAUGGAGGAGAUCAUUGUUGGUGUUAUAGACACCGGUGUUUGGCCUGAAAGCAAGAGCUUUGAUGAUACUGGAUACGGGGCCAUUCCCAGCACAUGGAAAGGAUUCUGUGAAACAAGUAUAGAUUUCCCGAUCUCAAGCUGUAACAAGAAGCUGAUUGGUGCCAGGUUCUAUUUGAAGGGUUUUGAGGCCGAUGUUGGUCGUCCGAUCAACGAAACCAAGGAAACUAGGUCUCCACGAGACAAUCAUGGCCAUGGAACCCACACAGCUAGCACGGCUGUAGGGUCUCCAGUGGGAAAUGCAAGCCUUUUUGGUUACGCUUCUGGUACAGCACGUGGGAUGGCCCCUGGAGCCAGAGUGGCUAUAUACAAGGUUGGUUGGGAACGUGGUAAUGUUUUAGAGUCUGAUAUUAUAGCCGCAAUUGAUCAAGCUAUUGCAGACAAGGUCAAUGUGCUCUCAUUGUCGAUCGGAUUUAUAGCACUUCAAUAUUACGAGGACAUCAUCGCAAUAGGAGCCUUUGCAGCAAUGGAGCAUGGAAUUAUGGUAUCUUGUGCAGGAGGAAACUCUGGUCCCGAAUCUUCUUCUAUCACCAAUGUAGCACCUUGGAUUACCACAGUGGGAGCUAGCACAAUUGACCGAGAUUUCCCUGCAUAUAUCACUCUCGGAAAUAAUCAAAAUUUUAUAGGAGUGUCCCUUUACAACGGUAGUUCUUUACCCGAGACUUCCGUGUCAUUUAUAUAUGCAGGGAAUGCAAGCCUUCUUGAUCAUGAUGAAGAACACAAAGCUAGCCAGUGUAUGUCGGGUAGCCUGGCCAAAGAAAAAGUAAUUGGAAAGAUCGUUAUGUGUGAGUCUUCUAAAGAGACUUCUGGUCCGGAGCAAGGAAAUACAGUGAAAUCACUUGGUGCUUUGGGUAUGGUGUUGGUCAACUUUGCUGUCGAGGGAGAGGAGUUGUUGGCAGAGCCCCAUGUUUUGCCAACAAUAGUUGUCAAGUUCAAAGAUGGUGAAGCCAUAAAAAAAUAUUUGUUUUCUUCUGAUCCUAAUAAAUCAAUGGCUAAAAUUGUUUCUGGAGGAACAAAGUUUGGGGUUGAGGUGUCUCCUGUUGUUGCAGGGUUUAGCUCACGAGGCCCCAAUUUAAUAACCCCGCAAAUAUUGAAGCAGGAUUUAAUUGCUCCAGGUGUUAACAUCUUAGCAGCAUUUACUAGGAAUGAUAGUAUUGCUAAUGAGGAUUGGGAUUCUAGGCGCGCGGAUUUUAACAUUUACUCAGGCACGUCAGUGGCAUGCCCUCACGUCAGUGGGAUAGCAGCUUUAAUCAUGUCGAUUCAUCCAGAUUGGAGUCCCGCUGCCAUUCGAUCUGCACUCAUGACGACUGCUUAUCCGGCUUACAAGAAUGGAAAGACCCUGUUGGACGGCUUUAACAAAAAGCCUGCGACACCCUUUGAUUUUGGGGCUGGACACGUGGACCCUAUUCUUGCACUACGUCCCGGACUUGUCUAUGAUCUUACAGUUGAUGAUUAUUUGAGUUUCCUCUGUGCAUUGAACUACUCAGCUGCAGAUAUCGAAACCGUGGUGCAAAGAAAGUAUAGUUGUGACAUAAAGAAACAUUACAGUGUAACAAACCUCAAUUACCCUUCGUUUGCUGUGGUGUUUGAAGAAAGGAUGGAGGUUGUUAAACACAGGCGUAUUCUGACGAACGUGGGUGCAGCAGGAACAUAUAAGGUGUCGGUUCAAUCAAAUGCAUCUGCUGUGAAUGUGACUGUUGAGCCACAAGUGCUAAGGUUCGAGAAGGAUGAGAAAAAGUCGUAUGUUGUUACAUUCACAAGUACAAGAACAAGUUCAGAAAGAGAUAGUUUUGGAAGCUUAGAAUGGUCAAAUGAAAAUACUGUUGUGAGAAGUCCGAUCACAUUCAGUUGGAAAAAGCAUAAAACAGAUUGAAUGAAUGAAGCUUGAUUGUAUGUGUUUGAGUAAAUGCUUUGGAACCUAUGUAGCAUUUCGACAUCUUUAUUAGAAAGGAUACUUUUCCUUAUUAUCUUGUAAUAGGAGGGUACUGCUUGUUUGUUCCUAUCAAAUUUGUAUGCAGCAGUGAUAUUUAUCUAUGAUAAAAUGUGUGUUUGGAGUAUCCAAUAUGUGUUAAUAUCAACAUGUCAACAUGUUUGGAGUAUCCAAUAAGUUAUUUAACCCAAAAUAU